GCCCUUCCGGUGGGUGGAACCCGCGCUUCCGGUUUCUGCGCGCUCCCCUCAGGCUCCCUCGUUUCUCGGUCAGUAGGAGUCGCCGUUUCGUUUGCCGCCGCCGCCGCGCCCCUGACAGGCCCCUUCCCACCCCACAUGGAGCCCCCCGGGCAAGUGCGCGGUGGGGCCCACAGACCCGACCCCGGAGGCCCUCGUCAGGUACGCUCUGCCGCUUCGUGCCCUUCUGGCCUAGGGUCGCCAUCUUUCAAAAAACGUCACUUUCCGGACGCCUGCAAAGAGGUCGAGCUUUUUUGCACACCAGCCCUAGCAAUGAAAUAAAAUGCAGUGUAAGAAAACCACCGCAAUUGUUGAGCUUUAUCUUUUUUUUUAGAAACCUAGCCCUAGGGUUGCCAUAUUCCUGCAAGAAGUUGUCGAGCUUUUUUUCUUUUUAGGAAGACCCCAAAAUUCAGAAGUGGAAGAAUAUUUACUUGCACCAACCCCUAGCAAUAAAAUAAUUUUUAUUUUAUUUUGAGAAACAGCCCUUUUGCCUAGGAUUGCCAUAUUCCUGUUGCCUGCAAAGUGGUCAAGCUUUAUUUGCACCAACCCUAGCAGUAAAAUAAAAUACGAUGUAAGGAAACCGCCACAAUUGUUGAGCUUUAGGGUUGCCAUAUUCCUGAUACCUGCAAAGUUAUCGAGCAUCUUUUUAGGAAUUCAGAAUCGGAAGAAGAGUCUUUACUUGCAUACCAGCAAUAAAAUAAAAUACAAUGUGCUGAAGAUAGAGGAGAUUUGCAUCAAUAAUCAAGUAAUAGAUCUUAUUCUGAUUGCUUAACGUCACUCAGUGGGUUUCAUGGCUAAGUAGUGAUCUGAACCCUAGUGUUCCAGAGCCUAGUCCAACACUUAACCGUUCACCAUGUUGACUUUUCUCUGCAUAAAAGAUGUAAAAUGUUUCCAAUCCUUAUUGGAGAGCAUUUUAUUGUUACAAACUUUGUACAAGUGUUAUUAGGGCUGGUGUUUAUAUGACCAUAGGCAUGCACAUCAACUCUUAGAACAGUUCUCAUAACAUAUAUAAAUCGAUGUUCAAAACAUCUGUAGGACCAUGGUCCAGAGUUAUGUCAAACCAGAUGUCAUACUCAUUUUCUUGGGGCAUUAGGCCCUAUGUUAUAUUACACGCUGCUUUGAGACUCUACCAUUAUAAAGCUGCCUUUUACUAUACAGCACAAACUGCACCUCAAAUACUAAUAAUUCUAUUACAGUUCACUUCAUGAGAUGCACUUUAUCUCAUGUUAUCUGGAGUUACAGAUAUGCAUAUACACACACACAUUUAUACAGUUGUAAUCGAAAUUAUUCAACCUCGAUUGCAAAUCAGGUUUAUUAUCAAAAUUUACAGACUUUCAGCUGUUUGCAUUGAACAAAUAAAAAAGAAGCAAUUGAAAUAGAUCAAUACAACAUUGGUAGGUGUAUAUAUUUGGGUACAUAGGUAAAACAUAUGUAAGUGUGUCUAAAAGAACAACAAUGCAAGAGUGAACAGGAAAUGUUAGACUCCUGUGCUCCAGUCACCUAUUGUGGGUAAACAAAGGGAUAUUCUCACUUGGUUUUCAUUUUUCUAAAAUAAUGUUUAUUGUGGACACUUGGUUAAAAUGGUAGUAAAUACUUGUAUUUACCAUUUGACAGUAUUGCUAGUGUAUGUCACACACUGACCCUUUAUGUUCGGUAUUUUUCCAUUAAAGGGCCAGUUUAGCCAUUCCUAUGUACCCACAGAGGAGGAAAAGAGAGUCUUCGAAGAAUGCAAUACUGAGAGCCUCUGGUACAGAUGUAAGUGAGAUGCUCCAAUAAGUAAUCUUUACUUUUUCAUGUCUGUUGUUUUGCCAAACUGUGUGUCAAAUAAUGACUGUCCAAAUCUGUAAAUAAAAAGUAUAACUCAUGUUGGGAAAUUCAUGCUAUUUACUAAGUCAUGUGAGAGAAACUUCAAACAGCUCUCCAAACACGUUCAUUAAUAUUUAAAAGCUACUCUUUAAUGAGACACAAAUUCCUAGAAAAAUGACAUAAUACAACGUGUUAAUAGCCAAAGCCACUCGGGUGAAUAAAGUGUUUAAAGGAUGCAUCAAUACACUUUGAUGCCAAGCAGGCACAGUCUGAUAGAUACGCCCUUGAAUCACUUGUGCUCAGUAUAUCAAGAGGACCUUCUCCAGGUAAUAUCAGAUUUUAUUCUCUGUGGCAUCCUGAAGUACACUUUUCACACCUUAUUUGUAGGUCAUACAGUAGUACCUUGGAAGUCAAAUGGAAUCCGUUCCGGAAGUUCGUUCGACUUCCAAAACGUUUGGAAACGAAGGCGCAUCGUCUGAUUGGCUGCAAGAAGCUCCAAAGAACGUUCGCAAACCGGAACACUCACUUCCAGGUUUGCGGCGUUCGAGAGCCAAAAUGUUCGACUUGCAAGGCAUUCGGGAUCCAAGAUAUGACUGUACUUGUAUCCCACGUUUUUAAAAAUAAGUUGAAUACAAAAUAGAGUUACUCAGUUUAUCCUUAAAAUAACCCUAACCCUAAGAGAGAAAGAGAGAGUGACUAACCCAAAGUCAUCUAGUAAGCUUCCUGGCUGGGGAGGAAUUUGAACUCUGGUUUCUUACGUCCAGUAUUCUAUCCAUCACUGAGUGCGCUGGGAUAGUGCCUCUGUAGAAAUGUUUCUGCCCAGUUGCUUUGCUGAGUACUGCUUUGUUGUCUCUAGCAACUGUGACUGUUGUCAUUGCAGUUGUGCUGGCGUGCAUAUUGGUGGAUAGGGUACUAAUUCCCGCAACCCUGAACCAGGAUAAUAUUCAGUUUACAUUUCUCAAUAAAUCUUCGAUGCUGUGAAAGCUAAUAAAAAAAUAAAAUAAUGAGAUCUAGAUAUGAUAGUUCUUUGGCAGGAAGGAAUCAUUUUACAUUUAUCUCUUGCAGCUCUUCUUAACUGAAAGCAAACAAAUCGGAGGGUUUCUAAAGUAUGCCUUAGGCUGUAUGCUGCUUAUAUUUAUUCUAAAAAGUAUGAUGUCAGCAUAUUUGAGGGGUUCCAUGUUUCCUAAUACAACUGUACCUUGGUUCUCGAACUGAAUCCAUUCCGGAAGUCUGUUCGACUUUCGAAAACCAAGGCAUGGCUUCCAAUUGGCUGCAAGAGUUUCCUGCACUCAGUUGGAAGCCGCGGUAGCUGUGUCGGACAUUCGGCUUCUGAAAAAUGUUCGCACACCAGGACACUCACUUCCAGGUUUGGUUCGGGAGCCAAAACGUUUGAGUCACAAGGCGUUCGAGAACCAAGGUACGACUGUAAACACAUUUGUUCUGAGCUGCACUUUCUCUUAAAAUGAAACAAAACCCAAAGCUUUUUUUUCUGGCAGUGUGUACUUUAGAAAGGAUUCUGUGCUGUACAAAUCAUAACCAUGUCUGCUGAGAAGGAAGUCCUACUGCACUCAAAGGGAAUUUCUCCCUAAUUUGCUUACAAUUUGUUUUUGUUCUGGAAAAUAUAUUCAGCUCUAUUCUCCAUAUAAAUACAUAUUUUCUCCUAUUCCCACUCACAGCGCUGCCUUUUUCUGCUGUUGGCAUGCUUGUCACCCAAAUAUUAAUUAAAAAAGGUAAGUUUCAAGCAACUUUGACUGAAUAUGGAUGUCUGCUAUUUGGAAAUAUUUUUCAUAUAUAAUAUAUAUGAAUUAAUUAUAGAAAAAGAUUAGUCAUAUGUUUCAGGUGGGGAGAAAGUUAUUGAAUGUAGCCUACCGUACAAAGGAAAGAGUUGCAUCCAUUACUUGACCCACUUUGGCCCCUGACUGCUCCCACCCUUGGCCUGCGGUCCCCAAAAGGUUUCCCAUGACAGAAUGUGGCUCCCAAGCUGAAAUUUUUUUAUCUAACUCUGGAUUAACAUCAUGUGCUUAUGGAGCCAGUGUUUGAAAACACAGAUCAUACAUUGACAACUGCAAAAUAAUAGACUUAUAAGGGGAAACUUGAGCUACUCAGUUUUCUUCAGAAAUAGUCAACAGAGAUAGUUCCAAAGAAAGACUUGGGCAUUUAUGGAGGACUAUAAUUUAUACCAUGGUUAAGGAUUAUAUAGUUUUUAAAGAAGGAAAUACUUUUUUUUAAGGUAUGUUACUUUUUGCUUUGAUUUAGUAUGUAGAAUAUUUCAAGUCACCUGCAACAUGUAACUCAUUUGGGUUAUGAUAUGGGUGAAUACUAUUAAAAACUGUUGUCCUGAUUCAAUAUUGCACAUUCCUUUGCAUGCAUGGAUUUUCUGCUUUUGUGGAAAUGAAUGGAGCCAUCUACAUAUCUAGCUCCUUCCUUAUGUUAAAAGCUGGCAAAGAAUGGAAUUGUGUGUGUGUAUGCACAUACACAUACAAGCACACACACUCUUUCACUCACUCUCCAUGUUAUUGAACUGGAGUCUCCCAGCUUCUUUAAUCAAAGCAUUUAAAUGUAAUAUUAGAAAACUAUUUUCAAACUGACGUACAACAGCUUUCCAGUGGUCUUCACUGUUCCCUCCAUGUCACAUGUAUAGUUGGAAAAAAAACCUAAACCAAUCACUGAAACCCCAAGUGCUGUGAGUCGAUUCAUGGUUACGCAUUUAUCAGCUCAGGUUUCAGUUCAUAUUUUUGUAUGGUUACUGCUCCUUACAUUUUUUUUUUAUUUGCAGGAAUUCUUACAACACAUUCAAAGUUUGGCUCUCUACCAAAAGUUUUAUGUAAGUAUUAACCCUUCACUACUUUGUAGCUGUAGUUAAAGGCUCACAUUUGGAAAAACAGACAGGACUGCUGCAUUUUUAAUAGUUUUACGGACGAGAGAAUUUUAGCAGGGAUACCUGUAAUGACUGAAAUUCCCUUUUCUGCACAACUUUAAUGAAGAUGCAGGAGUCCUGUUUUCAUUUUCACCUGACCAUCCUACUCACAGCUGAGAUUUCGGUUCGCCACCAUAUUUCAUGAAAAAGGCUCUGUGCCUUUCAGAGCUGUGUGAUGGACAUUGUGAGAGAAAAUCUUGGGCAUCUUGAAAUGAUGCUUUGAGUCCUGGCAAAGCAAGGUUUCCUUGCCCCAAAAAAGUUCUUUAGAGAGCCACUAAGUAAAGGUCUCUAAAUCUAUUGUAGUUAAUGUGUAACAACUGUGCACAUAUUGCAGGAAAUAUUUAUUUUGCGGGAAUUGAAGCUUUCACUGGCGAUGAAAGUAGAGACAAGUAGCAUGUGGUUUUGGAAAGUACAGUGGUACCUCGGGUUACAUACGCUUCAGGUUACAUACUCCGCUAACCCAGAAAUAAUGCUUCAGGUUAAGAACUUUGCUUCUGGAUGAGAACAGAAAUCGUGCUCUGGUGGCGCGGCAGCAGCAGGAGGCCUUAUUAGCUAAAGUGGUGCUUCAGGUUAAGAACAGUUUCAGGUUAAGAAUGGAAUUCCGAAACGAAUUUAAGUUCUUAACCCGAGGUACCACUGUAAAGGAAAGCACACCUCUUGCAAAGAUACAAAUCCAAACAAACAAAUUAGUGAUGGAGUUGGAGCAGGUUUUGCUUCAAAGGAAACCUAUGGCACAUUCUUAUCCAUCUCUACUCAGAAGUAACCCUCACUGAGUUUUGUGGUCACCAAAUUCAGUGGCAGGAAGUAUUUAUAGGUUUACAGCCCUGGUUUUAUAAUAGCUCCUCAGACGUAAUUGUCACCCUGCUGCAGGGUGGAUUUGAUGUAAAUCAUUUUUUUACAAAAAGACUCAUUCUUGCUCAUAUAAUCUUAAUAUUUACAAACAGAUGAAGGUUUCAUUUUUGGAAUAAUAAAUUUUCAGAGAAGUUUUUACACUUAUAUCAAAUACUAAUGAUUUGGUUAUACUAUUAGAAAUACAUAGAUAAUUAUGAAAUUAUUGUGAGCUUUAAUAAAUUAACUGUUUAUAUUUGGACAACUUUUCUGCAGUACUUUAUUGGAAAGACAAAAAUAAUCAUUCCCUUAAUAACAAUUUAAGCAAUUUAUUUAACUAAAACAAUAACAUUAUAACAUAUGUAUCCUUAUUUCCUGAUGUAUAGCCUUUGGACUAUAAUGUAACUUAAAGAGAAAACUAACUUUAGAAAGAUUUUUUGUCCAAAAGCAUUUUAUUUUAAAAAUCCAAUUUAAAUAAAAAAAAUCCAAUUUAAAUAAAAAAAUCCAAUUUAAAUUAAAAAAUCUGAUUAUUAUUAUUAUUAUUAUUAUUAUUUAAAUUAAAUAAUAGAUUUUUAUCCACCCUGCCCUGCUGGCCAGCAGUUGAAAAAUACUGAGUAUUUGCUAAUAAGAAAUUGACAGCUUUCCCCGUUCUUUUUAAAUUGACAUCUCAUUUUUCUCAGUUUCAGCCUGAUGUAUUUGGUGAUUACUUUCUUAUCCUGACCACUUUUUAAGGCCUUUGUCUUGUUGCCAUGGAAACACAAGAGAUAAAAACUGUAGACUUAAGAACUUUCUUUUUUUAGUGCUAAGCUGAAGCUUUCUUUGGCUUUGCAUAUGUUUUUAUAUAUUUUUUAUUUAAAUAUACCUGUAUUUUUCUUAAAGUGACAGAGCAUCAGAUAUCUUAAAUCAGUCUUUGGUUUUCUUUAUAAGUUGCUGGCUUUUGUGGCUACAUUGGUGGAAAGUUUUCUUAUAUGAAGGCAUGCCAAGAGAAGCUUAAAAGGCUAGAGAAUUCACCACUGGGAGAAGCUCUGAGGAAAAAUAAACCUAUUCAACCUGAGUAAGUAAUUUUUAUUUGCUCAAAAUUCUGAAUUUCUGGAAAGUAAGUUCACUUUAAAUAUUAAAACUUGAAGUACUCUUGAGCACUGGUGUUCAUUCCCCCCCUGCAGCAACACACAGAGAGAAGGAAAGUAGAACUUGUUUGAGCACGAACCAGCCUAAGCUAAGCACUUCAGAGGUCUAAUGAUUUUAAAGGGGAGAGGUGUUAAGGAAGUCCCUAACUCUCUCGUUGAAAUUGGUAGCCCUUCAGAUUGCUUCAAAUCAGGUUGCUCAUUCUGCUUAUGUUUUAUCAAGAGAAAGGGAAGGGGAAAAGUUGUGGUCAGCUUGCUUUUGCUUGUAUUACCGUAUUGGCCUGAAUAUAAGCCUCAGUUUCCCCCCAAAUUCCAACUGUGAAAAGUUAAAGUGCGGCUUAUAUUCGUGACCUUACAGUAUGCAGCCAGGAUUGUGAGACAAACAGUGCCAGGAGUGCAGCAAAGUGGCGCCUGCCCCAUG